AUGUCGAAAUUAAAGUUAUUAAUAGCAAUAGCGCUACUAGUGCAAAUUGCUGUAUUUGUUACAUGGCUUGUAAGCUUUAAGCCGGAGGAAGAGAUUGCUCUAGAGAAGCUUGGCGGCAACGCUUUUCGCUUUCCACCGCAUUUGCUGUAUAAGGACAACUUGGAGUUUGGCUACAUCAGCAGUAAGAAUAGGUCUGACUAUAACAUAGUUAUAGGCGUUACAACCAAAUGGCAUCGCAAGGGCUGGCCGCUGAUGCGGCUGCUGCACAGUCUUAUGGAGAAUAUGAAUCAGCAGGAGCGUGAGGAAACGUUGAUUGUUGUGUUCAUAGGUGAAGUCAAUAUGCUGAUAGUGCAGCGCAUAGUGGAUGAACUGGAGCUGCGCCACAAGCAGCACUUGGAAAGCGGCUUGAUAGACAUAAUAGCGCCGGAUCGGCAUUACUUUCCAGAUCUUGAGCAGCUGCGUCUGCAGCCAACAGACACGUACGCGCUGGUGAAGCAGCAAAGCAAACAAAACUUGGAUUUGGCAUUUCUUAUGAGCUAUGCACGCAACAAAGGACUGUUCUAUGUGCAGCUGGAGGAUCACAUGCUGAGUCUGCAGCCGCAGUUUGUGAGCACUAUGAAGCGCUUUGCUUAUAUCAAAAGCGCCUUGGGCAAUCCCAAGCUGCCCAGCUGGUUUGUGCUGGACUUCAAUGCAGCCAGCAUAGCAGGCAAGCUCUUCAAAUGCGCCGAGCUGCCUUACUUUAUAAACUAUUUACAAAUGUUUUACAACGAUAUGAAUAGUCUGCAGUUGCUGCAUUUUUUUAUACAAACUAAAGUGUGUUAUCAUCAGAAAAUGAGCGAGCUGCGCUGCGAGCGCAACAUGCAGCGCUAUUGGCUUAAGUACGACACAGCGCUGUUUGGCCAAUCUAUGCUAACCAAAGUGAGCUCCACCACAACAGCAGCGGUGCCGCAAACGCGCGUGCUGGUCAGCAGCAGCAUGUCCGCCUAUCAGCAUUACAUUCUAUCAAGUGUUUAUCUAGGCGAGCGUUACUACAUAGGGCGUCUGCCCGCGUUCGAGGAGCUGCCGCAGCCUGGCGAUGUGGUGCAGUUCAUCUUCCAGCAGCCCACACUGCUGCGUAGUUAUAUCAUACGCAGCGGCAGCACAGCGGAGCCGCUGAAGCGUCUCUACAAUACCAACGUGGAAGUGCGUCCUGCGCUAGAAAUCGGCGCACUGCAGCUGGCUAAUGAAUACAAUGUCACCGAGGAUGAAUUCUUGAUUGUAGGCGCUUUUGAUAGCCGUGGCGUAGCUGCGGGCAUGUUGGAUGCCAGCAUAGGCGCUUUGCAGGAGCUGCGCUUGCGCAUCCAAGACUUUAGCGAUCAUGAAGUGCUGCUUAAUGAAAUCAAACUGGAAUUAAUUGAAUAG